AUGAGCGCGAUACAGGUAGGGCAGAGCUUUAAGGGACCGAGCAUUCCUCCAUAUCUUAUGAUUAACGUCGUCUUUUCAGGUGAUCGAUUCCUUUUCAUUCCAAUAAAAAAUUCAAAUGACGGCAGAACGAAGCGUUUAGCCCGAUCGCAUGCGGUAUCGCACGGCCUCCGGAACAAAAGAAGGCUUCAGCAAAGUUCGGGCCAUAAUUUCCAUGUUCUAUGCCCAGGAAAUAAUCAUGGCCCAUCCGCGAGGAAGGAGAAACGAGAUGAAGCUCUUAUUGCACCGCCAGCUUCCGUUGCUGUCGGCUCAUCCGAUGCGUUCCAAAUGCUGGCAGCGGAGUCCCCGAACAUACGGGCAUUGUCAAACCGAGGCCUAGAUGAUAACGCUCUUCUGAACGCCGUCAUGCUCACAUUUUCAUUUACUGUCACAGCAGGUAUGACUAGCCCAGAGUGUCUCGAAUACCAAAAUGAGGCUCUGAGAUCUAUCCGCCAAAGAAUGAGUUCUCUGGAUAGGGCUGCUACGGAGUCUACAAUAGGAGCCAUUCUACUACUCGCUGGCAUAGAGGUCACCUUUAUAAUCAAGGUCCGUCUUGGUAUGCCACGUCAAGUCCAGCUUCACAUGGGGGCAAUACAAAGCAUUCUUGACGUAUGCCAAAGAAAGGGCGUCUAUUUGAGUGACGAUAUCAAACGUGCGAUCUUCUGCCUUACACUUGCCGACAGGUCAGACUUAAAUGGUUCGGUCACGACAGGUUCAAGCCGAGUUGUUGACCACACAACAUUUUCCGAGCUCCAAUGGAGGAGAGAUGCUUCCCAUCCGGACAUUUUUCUUCUUCCACCUGGAUUCCAAAAUUGCUCCUAUUUACUAGGCCAGGAUUUUGUUGAAAUUCUUAAAGAUGUAUUUGCAUUGCAAUGCAUCCGAGAAUCAAAAAUCCUCGGGAAAGAGGAGGUAAUGCCGAUGGCGCAUAUAGAUAACCACCAAGCGUCCGUCCAGUCGAGGCUAGUGAACUUGCCAGUUUUUUCACCCAUCUCGGAAUGUUGCCAUCAAGCGGCAUAUCUGUGCUCGACUAUGCUGCGCUGCAAAAUAUGGCGGACUUCAACCAUCCCUUCUCACCUUUCAUUACAAUUGCUCUGCAAAUUGCAAUCGGCAAGCAAUAACCCAGUGUUGAAUGAUUCGCCUGAUCUGUUGGCCUGGCUCUUGCAUAUCGGAGGUGCUUUUGCCCCCGUAGGGACUAUACGACAGGGCUAUGUGCGGCUGUUGCAUUUAAAUCACAGCAGAUUCAGAUGGCUGUAUACAUCAUGGCCAGAACUGCUUGUAAUUCUUAAGCAGUUCAUAUGGUCUGACAAAGCAUUCUUAUCCCAGGUCAAGGCAUUUUGGGAAGAAUAUACCCUCUAA